CCACUCUCUCGCUCUCUUCCACCCUCAAAAUGCUGAUCAGAUCCACCUCUCAUCUGCCGGCCAUUCUUUUCUUGCUCUUUGCAGCUGCCUCUCUUGUCUGUUCGUCUACACCACCUGCUCAAGAGCUUCUCAGAGGUUUUACAGCAACACCGGACCCUUCAGUUUCAUCAUUCCAGUCUCUCCUCCAGGAUUCCACGGGCAAUUUCUCACUUGGUUUCCUCCGACUCAACUCCAACCAACUCGCUCUCGCUGUCCUUCAUGUCCCCUCGAAUGAACCCAUCUGGCUCGCCAAUCUGAACCAGCUGGUUCGCUGGUCAGACCGCACACAACUCCUCUUCAAUGGCAGUCUCGUAAUUUCUGACCCGAUUACGAAGGUGUUUUGGUCUACCGAGACGGAUGGCAACCGUGUCGUGCUUCUCAACUCUUCCAAUUUACAAAUACAGAAUUCCAACGCCUCCCCGACUGUACCGUGGCAGAGUUUUGAUUUUCCCACAAAUACGGUCGUCGAGAAUCAAAACUUCACAUCUACCAUGUCUCUUGUUUCUUCAAAUGGGUUGUACUCCAUGAGGCUUGGGAACAAUUUCAUCGGUUUAUACGCAAAAUUCGAAGCAGACACAGAGCUAUUCUACUGGAGACACAGGGCGCUAGAGGCCAAAGCAAAUAUUGUUGAAGGCGGCGGACCCAUUUAUGUCCGAGUCGACCCCGAUGGCUACCUGGGUAUGUACCAAAACGGAAGCACGCCCGUCGACGUAGAAGCCUUUAGCAGCUUUCAACGGAACAACAACGGGUUCCUCAUGGUCCGGUUGGAACCGGACGGAAAUCUCAAAGGGUACUACUGGGACGGGUCCACCUGGGUCUUAGAUUACCAGGCGAUUUCCGACCCGUGCGAGUUGCCCAGCCCCUGUGGUCCGUACAGUUUGUGCACGCCCGGAUCGGGUUGCUCCUGUUUGGAUAACAGGACGGAGAUUUCCUCCGGCAGGUGCGACGCUUCGUAUCCCGACAACCUGUGCGGCGUCGAUGGUGGAGAAUCCGCAAACAACUUCAACGUUUUGAGGAAGAACGGCGUCGAGUUACCGUUUAAAGAGUUAAUAACCUACCAAACGACGUCGUCUCAAGCCGAAUGCGAAGGCUUAUGCGAGAGGAACUGUAGCUGUUAUGGUUCGGUGUACAACAAUGGAUCCAGGUUCUGUUAUUUAGUGGAUUACCCGAUCCAAUCUCUGUUGAGUGACGGUGAUGAGAGUAAAAUGGGGUAUAUUAAAAUAAGCGAGAGUGCAAGGAAGAAGAAAAUAACGGCGGGUCUAGGAGUGGGGAUCGGACUAUUAGGUGGGGCCAUGGUGUGCCUGAUUGCGGCGGUCGGGGUGGGGAGUUACAGGAUGUGGAGGAGGCGGCGACGGGUUAAAAGGAUGUUGGAGGAGGAAGACGGGGGUGCUAUACCCGGGCCGUAUAAGAAUCUUGGGUCGGGAAGCUCUAGGUCGAUUGAGAUGACGUAAGGGAUGACAUUUUUGGCAAGGUUUGGGGUUUGACUCACUUUUGUUGGGUUACGUAACUUAUAUUAGUGGUAGUAGGGUCAUCUAACCUUUUACUACUAGGACUAUAUUUUUUAUUUUUAGUGACGAAGGUGGAGACAACCAAAUCUAAUGUUUCAUUUUUGGGCGGUUUGUAUUCCAUAGAUGAUAGUCGGUUUACGUGCACCGAUAGGGCAUGCUUUUUGUCACACCAUAAUAUACGAAGGUGACAUAA